AUGCAGGACUACGAACCGUUCAACGCUCCUGAUGCAGACGUUGUGCUCCAGACAUGCGAUGGAGUCCGCUUUGGCGUAUAUCGCCGUAUACUGGCGGAGGCGUCACCGUUCUUCAGGGAUAUGUUCUCUUUACCACAGUCUGGGACGGAGGAAGGUGGCACUGUACCUGUUGUUGAAGUUUCCGAGACGGCUGAAGUCAUGGGCACGUUGCUCAAGCUCGUGUACCCCGGAGUGGGCCCAGAAAUAAAGACUCUCGACGAAGUUUCGAUGGUAUUGGGCGCCGCAAUGAAGUAUGAUAUGCUGAGGGCUAUUGAGACUCUACGUCGCCUCUUGAUUACUCCUUCCUUCGUCGAAAAGGAACCAACACGCGUAUAUGCGAUUGCAUGCCGCUACGACCUCGAAUCCGAAGCACGCGUCGCAUCCUCUUAUACACUUCGUAUCAACGUACUCGACGGUCCACUCUCAGACGACCUCAAAUAUAUAACUGCAUGGUCAUAUCACCGACUACUGGAUCUCCACAGACGACGUGCCGAUGCAGCGUUACGUGUACUUGAGUCUGCAGUACUUGAGGAUGUGAAAUGUAUGCAGUGCAACUCAGCGCAUUAUGGUAGCUUGUGUCCGCCUCGCUGGUGGACGGAGUUUGUCGGAAAAGCGAAGGAGGAACUACGAGCAAGACCGACGACGGAUGUGGUAUUUUCGAUGGCGUUUCUCGCAGCAUCAGGUCGGACGGGCUGUCAACGUUGUUCAGGAUCGAUAUUGGAGUCGUAUGCGUUCCUUGAGGGGCUGAAGAAGCGCAUUGACGAGCUUCCCGCGAUGAUUUAG